UCAGAGUUAACUCCUUAGAGUUCACUCCUUUUAUGCCGACCAGCAACUCAUCAUCAACAUAUACAAAGAAAGAUAACUCUCAUGUAAUGAGAGUGACAUGCACGUCUUCAGUACAUGCUUAUAAGAGCAUGUGUAACGAGGAAGCUUCCUUUUCCAACUUGUAGCUGCUGCGAUUAAGACGUGUUUAACAUUCCGAAUCUGCAGGCAAUCUCUAAGGCGUAUCCUUGUAGACACCAAUAUCGGUCUCUCUUGUAGGUAUACUGUAGGUAAAACUGGACAGUACGGUAGGUCCCUAAUUAUCCUUUUAGUUCGAUGAUGCUGGAUUGAAUUCUGAUGUUUGCUUAAGCCUGCGUCUGAGUUUCGGUCAUGCCUCAUGGCGUCGCCAUUUUGAAAAAACGUGCGAAUUCAAUUUCAUUUACAAUUUAGCUAUUAAUUAUCAAUUAAUAAGUAUUAAUUACAAUUUCCUCUAUAAUUACUGGGGUUAGAUAUAAUUAUAGAUAUAAACAGAUACAUGUUUAUAUAAUUUAUAAAAGUUUACUGUAGUUCAUCAUGCUCCGAGUUAAACGGAGGACCAGGAACGUUCCAUAUAUUGGUCCAGCGGCUGGGACAAGAGGAGCCGCAUCCAAGACGACGACGGCUCACGCCUCUGCCAGACCUACAACGGUGACAACUCCCAUGGCCACUGACCUCCCUACUCAGCCUAGCCUGCCAGUUAUCCCGCUAAGCACCCCGCCAGUUGUGGACCCCCAUCAACAGGUUAUGGCUAACUUCCCGAUUAAUGAAAACAGGGGAGAACAAAUUUCAGGUAUUGGGCGAUCCUUGGAAACAUACCGAUACAUAAUAGACGUCGUGGCUUUAUACAGAUGUGUAUUCUGGUGGAACCGUUGGUUCUUACACUGACUUGGCCGAAUGUUGAACUUUGAAGCCUGCCCUAGAUUUCUGUUGUUUUCCAGGGUCUGGGGCCAAUAAUUGGGCUUCUUUCAUUUUCUCAUUUUCAUUGAUAUUGCUAUGCCAUACACUGUUGACAAAGUCGGUGUAGCUCAUUGUCGUUGUACAUUAUUGGUGUUUAUAUUUGUCAUUGAUUCACCUUGUAUACUCAUUUGCCAUAACUCGUGGCAUCGUUGUUAUUGUCAAGAAUUUGCUCUCUAUAUAUAAAGCCAUGGCAAAAACUGCCAAA